ACUUCUGAUUUUGAGCAGCUUGUCAGCAGCCAAAAACCCUAUAAACCCUAUAACAGGUAAGUUGGAAAGAAUCAAAAAGGGAAGCAGGGAGAUAAAACAGAAACGAAAAUGGAUCACAUAGCAGCGAUGGAACAGCAAUUGGUUUCAGAAAGAAUGAGGAAGAAACUGAACGAAGUGAAUUUGGCUGCCCAAGCUCAACUUGCUCCUGUCCAAGACCACAUCAAUUUCACUCUUCAGCAAGCGUAUUUCAAGUGUGCGUACGAGUGCUUUGACAGAAGAAGGAAACAAGAGGAGAUAAGCAAUUGUGUAGAAUAUUGCAGUGUUCCUGUUGUAAAUGCUCAACAUCAUUUUGAGAAUGAGAUGGCCAAGUUUCAAGAAAGGUUAAAUAGAUCCUUGAUGGUCUGCCAAGACAAGUUUGAAUCAGCUAAGCUUCAACAGAUUAAAACUGAGGCUAUGAAUGAGUUGGAGUCAUGUGUCAACCAGUCAAUAGAGGAUAACAUGAAGACGAUGCCACAUCUUGUUGGAAAAUUGAAGGCUUCUUUCAACAUUGGUGCUUGAGCCAAAUGAGUAUUAGGAUAGUGGUUGUGACCCGUUUUCUGUUUACUCAGAUUCUUAACUCAAAUCUUGAGAUUUAAUUGAAGGCAUUAAGAUCUGCCCAGCAAUGCCUUUAUGGCCAUCUGGGAUUAGGCAAAUUAUAUUCACUUAUUUGUUACAGAUGAACCAAGUAUUUGAUUUUACUUCGAAUUAAAUAUU